AGUUUCUCUCCUACGCUCUUCAUUUCAUUUCAUUUGAUAGAGAGAGAGAGAGAGAGAGAGAGAGAGAAAGAGCUUCGUCUUCUUCAUCUCCAUCAUUAUCUCCAUUGACAUUGUUCUCAAUUGCGAAUAAUAAUCAUAAUUAUUCACACAACCAAAGCAUUCAUCUCUCAGAUUCUCUUAAAAAAAUGGAGAAAUCAGAUCCUCCACCAGUCCCAAAGCCCGGCGCCACUAUUAUCCCCUCCUCCGAUCCAAUUCCUAAUGCCGAUCCGAUUCCAUCUUCUUCCUUCCACCGCCGAUCUCGCUCCGACGAUAUGUCCAUGUUCAUGUUCAUGGAUCCCCUCUCCUCCGCCGCACCACCUUCCUCCGACGACCUUCCCUCCGACGACGAUCUCUUCUCUUCUUUCAUCGAUGUCGAUAGCCUCACCUCUAAUCCCAAUCCCUUUCAAAAUCCUUCCCUCUCCUCCAACUCCGUUUCCGGCGCUGCUAAUCCUCCUCCUCCUCCUUCCUCUCGUCCUCGCCACCGUCACAGCAAUUCCGUUGACGCUGGAUGCGCCAUGUAUGCCGGUGAUAUCAUGGACGCUAAGAAAGCUAUGCCUCCUGAAAAACUCUCUGAGCUUUGGAACAUCGAUCCCAAACGCGCCAAAAGGAUUCUAGCGAAUCGACAAUCUGCAGCUCGAUCCAAAGAGAGAAAAGCUCGAUACAUUCAAGAACUUGAGCGCAAAGUUCAAUCUCUUCAAACCGAAGCUACCACUCUCUCUGCUCAGCUUACUCUCUACCAGAGAGACACAAAUGGACUAGCAAACGAAAACACAGAGCUGAAACUUAGGUUGCAAGCAAUGGAACAACAAGCUCAGCUUCGUAAUGCUUUAAACGAAGCGUUGAGGAAAGAAGUUGAAAGGAUGAAGAUGGAGACAGGAGAAAUCUCUGGUAAUUCAGAUUCGUUUGAUAUGGGAAUGCAGCAGAUUCAGUAUUCUUCCUCAACUUUCAUGGCUAUUCCACCAUAUCAUGGCUCAAUGAACCUCCAUGAUAUGCAGAUGCAUUCUAGUUUCAAUCCUAUGGAGAUGUCCAAUUCUCAAAGCGUGUCGGACUUUCUACAGAACGGCCGAAUGCAAGGGCUGGAGAUUAGUAGCAAUAGCUCAAGCUUAGUCAAAUCUGAAGGACCUUCUCUCUCUGCUAGUGAGAGUAGCUCUGCCUAUUGACGACAAGAUUAUGAUGAGGCUCAUUUUUCUGUUAAUAGGUUUUUUUUUUUUUCAAUUCAUUUGAUUCACUUUUGAUUAUUUAUUCUUUCUUUUUUUUGAGGUGCCAUUGUGCAAGAAAGGACGUACGUAUACAUUUGUGUUGGUUAUGUGUCGUGAGUUUCGUUGUUUGCUAUUCCCAUUGUUUGUUCUUCAAGGAACAAAGGAGACUAAUAAAUUUCAUUUUUCUUUUGU